AAAAGGCAUCUGAUACAACCAAUUUGAGUCAUAUUUUUUUUCAAUGGAAAAGAAGGUGCGUUCACUUGAGUUUCUUUAAUGAACAUUGUCAGAAAAAUCAUCUGGGUCGGUGUUAGGGCUGUUAAAUGCCCUCUGCUCCCUUGGAGCUAUUAAAUACCAAUUAUUAAUAUUUGUAUUUAAUCUUAGCUUACAUCUGAGGCUCCUGAAGCCCUCAAGAAACGUUUCUCUUUGUGGCAGCGACAUGUUAGUGCUGACUGGUACCCUUGUCUUGAGAGGCCCCAUCUAAGCUGGUCAUGUUGGGUGUUGUCCAAGAGCUCAGGCAGGUCCUGCCUCAAGCUGCUGAAGGCAGUAGGUUGACCCAGUGUGUGUGGGGAACCAGGCACGCGGACGAAAAACAGGCAGCUCAAGGCCACACGGUGGGGAUGGGCCCUGGCUUUUUCCACCUUGGAGCCACGGGGGUCUGCAGUGCUGAGUACCCCAGUUGGAUCCCAGUUGGAUCCCAGAGCAUCCCGUGUCCUCACACCGAUUCCUUUGACAACCUCAUGUGAUACUCUGAUGCUUUACUGUAUCUAUAAAACCUCCUGCAUCUUUGAUAAACUCUCAGACCUAAUUGCUAGUGUAUCCAUAGGUAAGACUUCUUAGUUAAAAUACCUGUUUUCUCUUUGAUGUUUGUUCAGGGCUUCACUAAUUAAUAUUAAUGCGGUUUUUUCUCUCAGUCCCAACUGUCCACCGCAGUCAUUGGGAUUUAUAUUGUCUUUACCUCCUGGACUCAGAUCUGAGUUCCAUUUUAGGAACUACUGAGCUUGUAAUGCAUACAGGCUCCAAAACAUGCGACCCUUUCAGUCUUCACUGGUGUUCAUUGUCUUUAUUUUGCCUUUUGUUUUUUUUUUACAAGCUGAAUCUGAUGCUCAGAAAGUGAGCUGUCUCCAACUGCCAAGAUGGUAAUAAACGUCUGUCUCCCACAGUUCAAGCCUAGAAUUCACUGCAACAAGAUUUCUGCUGAUGGUUACGAAGUGGAGAAUCUGAUCUCCGAAGACCUGGCCAGGAGAAAUCGUGGUUUCCGUAGCGAGUACUUUAUCAAAUCUCCAGUCCAUGUCACCAUCUCUUUUCCUUUCAACAUUGAGAUCUGCAGGAUUAAUAUCGAUGUCUCAUCUGGGGGAUACCAAACCUUCUCUGGGCUCGAAGUUUACACCUCUACCUCAUGCAAUAAGACCUCUUGGCAGAGCCCUGAGGGUCAGUUCUCAGGUCUGGCCGGUCAGCCUGUGUCAGACAAAGACACUUUCACACUGGUGGGUAAAGCUGUCUUGAAAAAUCAAAGCAAAGUGACAUUCGGCCACAGAGGCUUCAAGCCGAGGCCUCCCUUCCAUCAGAUGGAAAAUGUCUUCUCCUACCCUGGCUCUGCAUCUCAAGACCUCUGGAACAAAGGGCCUGCCUCCCUGAGCAAUGUGUCGCACUUAAAGAUCUGCAUCACCCACGUGGCCGGAGGCGGCCUGCCUUGCAUUAAGAGGCUGGAGGUGUGGGCACAGCCUGCCAAAUCGUGCCCACAGGAGGUGAUUGAGGGUGUCUUUCAGGUGGCCUCCCAGUUCUUCACCCAGGACGUUGGCAGCCUCAAGCCUGAACUCUGGACACCGAUGGAGAGCGACUGCGUGCCCUUCAGUGCCAAUGACAGCGAGCAGCAGACCCUGCACAAGCUGGUGGAUGUUGUCCAAGACAUCCCCGAAGAAUUCCUGGACCCCAUCACUCUGGAGAUAAUGACCUUCCCCAUGCUCCUGCCCUCCGGCAAGGUGAUCGACCAGACUACCCUGGAAAAAUGCAACCGGAGUGAGGCGUCUUGGGGCAGGGUACCCAGCGAUCCUUUCACUGGGGUGGCCUUCAGCCAGCACUCACAGCCCCUACCUCACCCUACCCUCAAGGCCAGGAUAGACCACUUCCUCUUACAGCACAGCAUCCCUGGCACCAACCUGCUCGGGAGGGCUCACGCCUCAGAAAUGCUCGUACCUUCUUCCAUAACAAUGUCUUCUCUGAAAAGGAAAAUGGACUGUAUGGAUCAGAGCUCUGUGCAGCCUCCCUAUUUUUCUUCUACAAACUUACUUGUCACGUCUACCUCAGAGAACAGUGCUAAAAAAAUGAAAACUGACAAUGACUCGCAUUUGAUCCACAUGGACUGUUCGACAGAUCUGGUCUCUCACGAGCAAAAGCUGUCGGAGAGUUUGGACACUGCCUUGAACUCGGCGCUCAGCUCCAUGCCCUCGUUUACGGCCAAGCUGAUGAGGAGCCAGCAGCAGGCACAGAGCGAGGGGGGCUGCAGCAGCUCCUGGAGCGUGGGCACCGGCCUCGAGCAGGGCAGGAGCAGCCAGACGCAAGGAUGCGCUUCCUGCGGCAAAACCUUCUCCUCUUAUUUCAAAACGGAGCCCGUGUACCAGCUUUCCUGCGGCCACCUCAUGUGCCGCCCCUGCUUGGCCGAGAAGCAGAAGUCCCUGUCGUCCAUACUGUGCGGGAGCUGUAAGAGGGCGGCCACCACGCAGGACAUCAGGAGGGUGCACUUCUGAGACCUCGGCUGCCGCAGCCUGCCGGGAGGAGGAGGAGAAGGAGCCGCUGCUGUUCCCCGUGUCCGUAUCCAUCCGUAGGAGGACGAAGGCCUUUGGAGAGCUUGCCAGAUGAGCACCCGUAAGGGCGGAGAGGACUUGGUCUUCUUGUGCUUACAGAGUAGUGGGGGGUGGGGGGGUUAGAGCAUCGCGCCAGAGCAGAGCGAUCUAAGGAUAAUAAAAGCCAUAGCUUCUUUAACAAGGAAUAUGUAUUUAUACUGAACUGAUUUCCACCUGUCGCCCCCCUGCCCUCUUACCACCAUCCCAGUGGCUCCGUGGUUUAGCAUAGGUGCCUUUUGGACUGUGAGUUUAGCUUCCCUGUGAGUUAAAACCAUUUACAUAUUUGACGAGCAGCCAUUCGGCCGUGGACCAGGCGAAGUCCCUGUGAUGGAGAACAUGCAAAGCUACCUGACGUCUGCCCUUCCCCGCCUCACUCCCCUGCUCCCCGCGGUGCCCUGGCCGUGCUGCAGGAGCACCUCCUUCAUCCCAGAGUCCAGCGAGUCACGAAGAGAGGCCGUGGUCAGUGCGUGAGUAACCGGCAGCCAUCGCAUCCUGCUCCUACGGGCUCCCGCAGAAAAGCCAUCGCGUUACACCAAACGUCACUCUCGGGUUGUGUUGUGUGACUGGACCAGCUCCCGUCUGGCUGAUAGACAUUUAAGCCUUAAUAAAAUUAUGUUUAAAGUCGGGUUCUCUUUCUGA